AUGGACGCAGCUUCAUUGAUCUCGAAAUUGAAUCUCAAUAAAGAUGAGUCCAAGGACCAGAAGAUAGAGAAAGUGGAUGAGGUGAAGGAAGAUACCAAAACUGAAACCGGAAUGCCGAAGAGUCCUACAGAGGAAGUCAAGGAGGAAAUGGCAGACAAGAAAGAUAACGCAGAGAAAACUCAAAAUUCUCUCGUGGAUUCGACUUACGAGGUGAAAGUGAAGCUUGCGGAUCUGCAGGCCGACCCAAAUUCGCCAUUGUACUCUGUGAAGUCGUUUGAGGAACUGGGAUUGCGCGAAGAGCUUCUCAAAGGACUAUACGCGAUGAAGUUUUCCAAGCCUUCCAAGAUUCAAGAAAAGGCGCUGCCGUUGCUCAUCCAGAAUCCUCCACGUAACAUGAUUGGCCAAUCGCAGUCGGGUACAGGUAAAACAGCCGCUUUCUCUCUUGCCAUGCUCACUAGGGUGGAUGAGAAGGAUCCUAUGGUCCAGGCGCUGUGUUUGUCUCCUGCCAGAGAGCUGGCCAGACAGACCGAAGAAGUGGUUUCUCAGAUGUGCAAGUACACAAACAUUAAAGUCAAACUUGUGGUUCCUGGCUCUUUGGAAAGAGACGAGACAGUCAAUGGGCAGGUAGUGAUUGCUACCCCGGGUGUGAUCUUAGAUCUCUUGAGGAGACGUAAGAUCAACUUCAGUCAUUUGAAGAUUUUCGUUCUAGAUGAGGCAGACAACAUGCUGGAUAAACAAGGACUUGCCGACCAGUGUCUCCGGGUUAAGAAAAACAUUCCGCAGUCAACUCAACUGGUUCUUUUCUCGGCUACUUUCCCCGAUGAAGUCCGCAGAUAUGCUGAGAAGUUUGUUCCGAACGCAAAUUCGUUAGAGUUGAAGCACGAGGAGCUUAAUGUGGAUGCCAUCAAACAAUUGUACAUGGACUGCGACUCGGAGCAGCACAAGUUUGAAGUUCUUUGUGAGCUGUAUGGUUUGUUGACCAUCGCGUCUUCCAUCAUAUUUGUCCAAACCAAGGACACCGCCUCGAAAUUGUACACCAGAAUGAAACAGGAAGGCCAUGCAGUCUCGAUCCUGCAUGGUGAUUUGCAGCCAGCUGAAAGAGACCGUUUAAUCGACGACUUCAGAGAAGGCAGAUCGAAGGUUUUGAUCACCACCAACGUUCUAGCGAGAGGCAUCGAUAUCCCUUCGGUUUCCAUGGUGGUGAACUACGAUAUUCCUUUAGACAAAUCAGGAAAGCCAGAUCCAUCUACUUACCUGCAUAGAAUUGGAAGAACCGGCCGUUUUGGUCGUACUGGUGUCUCGAUUUCCUUGAUUCACGACAAGAAGUCUUACCAGGAUCUAGAGGCAAUCAGACAGUAUUUUGGCGGAAUCGAGAUGACCAGAUUGCCGACCGAUGACUGGGAUGAAGUGGAAGAGAUUGUGAAAAAGGUUGUUAAAUGAUAAAGCAGUGCAUAAGUAAGUAAUUAAUUAAUUAAGUCCCCUGACUUACCUGAAAGGAUGUUUAACGAAGUCUACAAUGUAGUUGUACCAUUUCUUGGUGUAGUCCUCCUUCUGUUCUCCUUCAACAGCGUUCAAUCCAUCUCCCAGGUAGAAGUUAGUCUGGAACAAGGUAACAAUCAAGCAGACACAGCUGAUACCAAGAGCACCGCAGAAGAGAAGGUAACAGACAUCCUGGUAAGCUUUGAUACAUGCAAUUCUGUCAUCAGAACCCCAUGGGAGAGCCGAAAUAACGGUAACGGACUCGAAAUAGGAAAGGGCCCUGGUGGCAUCACCAACGUGCUCGGUAAGACGUUGAGGAAGGUUUGAAGUCCACACGGAAGCGACAAUAGCCUGUCCGACACCAGCACCAAUGCUGGUGUAUAAAGAAAGAACAGAGAUGGUGGAUGCCAGGUCCACGUGUGGAACGCAAGCUUGAGCAGCCAAUUGGGUACCCAUAGCAUCACCACAAUCACCGAUGGAGGUGAGAACCAAGGCGGCCACAAUGACACCGAGAGAAGGACCAUUUUCCAUCUUGGUGGAAUGCACCAUCAGUCCAAGACCAAUCAAUCGGAUACUAGAGCCAAACACUUGGAAAACCUUGUACCGACGGAAGUAUCUGAAUAACAGGCCGUAGAUGACACCAAAAGAACACAAACCCAUGGUCUCUGUGUUGUUAAGAUAAGUCCAGUCUCUGUAGGAAAGAUUCAGAACGACCAAGUCGUAAGAGCUAAAGUAAAGCAGCCAGAAGUAACCACCCAUUUGAUAGCAGAAAUCGAUGAUGACGCAGCAGAUGAAGGUUCUGUUCAGAAGAACGCGCUUAGGAAGCAAUGGGUAUGGCGCAAUCCAAAUCUCGUAGAUAGUGUACAUGAUCAGGAAAACUCCUCCGACAACCUCCAUGGCAAUCAUUGAAGGGUUGUGCCAUCCACCUUUGGCGUAAGAAUAAAGCGAGCAAGGAAGAAGCAUGAGAGAGAAAGCAAAACCAAGAAGGAUGAGCCCCAGAGCGUCAAUCUCGAUAAGUGCGUGCUUUAUCUUGGAUUGUUCAUGCUUUUCCCAACAGUUAUUUGCGGCAGCUUGAUGCUGAACUUGAAAGUUCCAUAGUUGAUCUUGUGGUCCAUCCAGAAAAUCAUACCAAUGGCCGGAAUCAACGCAGCGGGGGUAAUAAUAGCGAACAUGCCAUAACCCCAUCUCCAGUUAGUAGUGGUGAUGUUUUGGACAAUAUAACCUGCCACCCAAGUGGUACACAGGUAUGGAGUGGAUAGAAGACCAUUGACGGUGGCCCUCCACCUGAGAGGAGUCAUGUCGGCGACCAAGAUGCUAUUAAGCAGAUCAAUACCAGAUUGUCCGAUGGCAAUGAAGACGGAGCCAAUGACGUAAGCAGAGAUCGUAGGAGAGCAGGCAGCAAUGACAAAUCCGAUGAUAUACAAGACCAGAAUAAACAUGUAGGCGACAGCCCUGGAAGUCAUAUCGGAUAUUUUGGCAAUGAAUGGCUUACAAACAGCUCCGAUGAUGGAGUUGGCGAUACUCAAAGUAGAAAGCAUCGAGUGACGGUCAAACUGAGAGGUUGCAUAUGGCUGGUAACUGUACGUGGUGGAACUAUCAAGCGCAUAAGUCCAGGAACACAGGUACAGCGACAAGAUCAGCACCAAGAUGUACCUUUUAUCUAGAGUCUGCUUGACGGCCUCAAUUCUGGCCACACCACGAGGCUUCUGUUCCUCGGUGUCAUGCUCAAAAGUGUGAGAUUCAAGAGAGGGCUCUUUGAAAUCCUGUGACAUGAUUUGAUUUUAUUGAUUUCAGAGAUAAUGUCACAGCUAUUUAUCUGCUCCCAAAAAGUGAAAGUUUUUUCAACUAUUCUUCUAGCCGACGCUUAGACCCGAUCUUAAGAGCCGAGAGAUUCAAUAAUAAAGCUUGUCCGAUAAAACAUGACUUGCAUUGCAUCUCGAUGAAUAGGAAGCAGAAAAUUUUAUUAUAAGUCUGCCAAAUUUUCUAGCACCUUAGACUUGACCGUCUGAAACCCUGGCGCGCCUUUUUGGUUCGAGCAAAGAUCAGACAAUGCACUGACUCCUCCGAUUUUGUUUUUCUCCAUAAAGAUCUCUAUUGUCCUUACUGCCUCGAGCCUGCGCGCUGGAAUUGGACCGUCACCCAGCUCACGUGAAACUUCGUCAAUCAAAUUCGCAACACGCUUCAGUCGAUUAUAAUAGGUAGUUUCGGUGGAUUUCCAUGUCGGGUAUCUCUCAAGUAUAUCGCAUACUGAAGGCUUCCCUUUAUCUGGGUCUCCAACGUACCAGACUUCAUAGAGCUCGCGCACUGUGAGACUUUUGUUCGACCUGGGCCCUCUUGGCAGACGAUAAUUUAUUAUUUCGUUAGGCAGACUUUUCAUUAAUGCAGGCUGCAGCCCAUUGUGCCCUAGCGCUUGAUUGUUUACAUCUUGAUGGUAUUUCGGAUCUUUAUUGGCCAAAGAGUGAUCAAUUUGGGUCCGAGGAUUGUUGAUUUCGUUUAUGAAUGCUGCUGCAUUUUCUUCUGCUGAAUAACCGUUUUCUUUUUGUAGUAAGCAGUCCAAUUCGCUCUGUACCCGUUUGAUAUUCUCGCUCAAAGAUGCCUCAAUCUUCUGGUAGACCACGUCUUCUAACUGUCUUUGGGAACUCUCUACCUCAUCGAUCUGUUUUAGUAACAAAUCGACAGUAUUGCGGGCCGAAACACCUUCAAAUGCCUUCGACAAAAUUUGAUUGAAGACGCUUUUGAGAUCAGGGUCUAGUGAAGAAGGAUCGGAGAGGUUUCCGAAAUGCAUAUUCUGGGAAUUGCGCCUCAAUUGUUCCUCGAUAUCAGCCCUAACGUCCAUGAGAGGUGAUUAGGAUGCGAUU